AAAAUCUAUGACCUUCAAGUAUGGGCACCGUUUACGGGGUGUCCAUGUGGGCAUUUAUAUCUCGGUGUAAAUCCACCCAGUCAGCAGCUCUGCCUCUCACAACCUUAUUUCUACACAUGAUCACCAACAUUCCCGCCAGGAACUGGGCAAUAACAGUCCUCGCUCGAAAGAGAGUAUCACAAUAACAGAGAUAACAAGAAGCAUGGCCGAACCAGACUCUCUAGAUACCGAAACAACGGUCACAAUGCUGCUCCUGGGCGACCCAGGUUGUGGCAAGUCCACCUUCUUAUCGCGCCUGAAGAGUGGCAGAAGCAUGAGGCCUUCCCAAGCGGGUGCUACCCCGGACACCGACUUUGAGAUCUUGCGGGACAGUGAUCAACCAUUUAUUUACGAUAUAAAAUUCUCGAAGAAAAAGUUCACACUGGAGCUAUAUGACACGUCCAAUCCAAAUCAGCAUUGGACUAGUCUUCAUCCAAAUGUCGUUGUCCUGGCAUUUGACAUAUCAAACCGCCAGACAUUAGACGGGCUCAGAGGGUGGCGCAACGAUAUCAUACGUUAUUUCCAACAUGGCCAGGGUGAACGCAUUCCCGUCAUGAUGCUGGGGUUGAAACGAGACCUUAGGAAAGAAGGCGAGGGUAUAAUCUAUCCACAGGAGACCUACGGUAUUGCGCAGGAGCUCCGCUGUGAUGGAUAUGCCGAGUGCUCGGCAGUGACGGGCGAACUAUUGGCAGAGACGUUUGAGGACCUAGCGAGGCUUGCGGGAAUGACUACCACUGAUCAGGGUGGACAAAGUGCUGGUGGUUGUACUAUUCUUUGAGACGUGACUCGAAUGGAUUACGAAGGAGGGA